AUGAAGGUCAGGAAGAGAAGUCCUCUUUGCAAAAGGUACCCCCAAACAGAUAACGACGAGGACCAUGAUAGGAGACUCCUCGACGAAUACUACAGGGCAAUUCCGGGCCUCGAACUACAGAUAGAGAAGUUACUUCAAAGUUUCCACGUCAGUAAGUACGACUAUAAAAUUACUCACCUUCUGAUCGACAUAAUACAAAAUGAAACGAUAAAAAUUCUGAGGCAUGCCAAAAAUAUAAAAAAGAAUGGCAUCGAUAGGAGACUUUUGAUUAAGGCUGACCCAACAAGGAGGGAGGAUAAGAAGGAGGAUCAUAUCAGUCCCGAUUUGGUGAGAAGCUUCAAUGAUGGCGAUGGCACAAAGAAGGAUGACGCAAGUAAAGGAAUGACUGAAGGUCAUCAAAGAACGGACCAAAGUAAAGAAACUACAGACAUCCCAAAGGAUGCAUGCGGGGCUGAUUCUAAAGGUGGAGUGAUUGACGAUAGGACAGCACAGGCAGUGUCACCUGCAAUGGCAGCCACCCCGGCGAAUGAGCGUGACGGAGAGGUGGAUAAACACAAUCCGAGAAAUGACAUCCAAGAGGGAGACAGCGCAGGGAUCCAUUUAGGCAUUGGUACCCAACACAGCGCAGACGAUCCGGUGACCCAAACGGAGGAGCAGAGUCAGGACAAGGAUCGCCUUGCUGAAUUGCGAUGUGGGGUAGAAGACGGCACGAAAGAGGAAGCCGCAGGGGGGGAUAAAGAACAAAUCCAAGCUAAUUUUGAAAAUGGAGAGCAGAAGAAACAGGUGGAUGUUGAAGAGGGUCAGCAAAAGGUGGAAGCUGACACCGUCCAGAUGGGGCAAACUGAACAAAUGGGCCAAACAGGGCAAACAGGGGGAACACGCCAAACCGGGCAAACCGAGCAAAUCGACCAGACCGGCCAAACCGCCGAAGACUUCACCAUCUUCAGAACCUUUUCGAACUACUUUUCCAAAAAAGUUAAACCAAAUGAGGAGGAAGGAGAAGCGCCUUUGAGCAAAGAAGAAACGAACGCGCCAGACAAAUCGGGUAACGAUGAAAGUAAAAAUAGAGACGCAAUCGAAGGCGCACCCAAAUUAAACAGCUCAGAGGAUAAAGCGGUUGGCGAAGGCACAGAACAAGUACACCCCGAGGUGAACAGCCCUCCGAACGAAAUUCAAAAUAAUGUAAAUCCUAGUGAUGACCCAGUAGAUACUGGAAGCCAUUUUCUGAAUGAUGAAAAGAACAAUGUGAAGGAGGAGACGGAUGACACCACCAAAGGAAGGAAGGUGCCCCAUGGGAUGAGUAGCAGUGGUCAAAUUUGGGAUGCAGGGGAUGAUGUAGGAAUGGCCCCUAAUAGGGACCAAAUGGAGGAAGGAGGAAAGGUGAGCAGCCAAGUUGGGGGCGACCUAUCGGCAGAGAAGCCAAGCAACCAAGUUGGGAUGGGCGUGUCGGAAGAAAAGGCCCCCACGGAGGAACCACAAAAUGGUGGUGAAAAUGAUGGUGCAAAAGACCAGGCAGAGCAACCAAAGAACCAACCCACCAACACCACCACCGAACAGGAAGAAGUGCUUGUUAUAGACGAAGAAAGCAUCAACCUAGCCAUAAAGGAGUACGUCCUAAAGUACAUUUAUAAAAAGAAAAACGUAGAUUUCCUGUACGACGAAUUGGCAACUCAACAGAAGGAAAGUAACUCGGCGGGCAUAGUAGACAGGAAGAUAAGAUACCCAACUGGAUUCCCCCCCUACCUGCCAGAUGACUGCUCCAUUAAUACCAUCCUCCCUGCGUGGGACAUAAAGUAUAAUUUUAAUUCCUCCAAAGGGGAAAAUUACCAAUGA